CUUCCUUGGCCCUGUUCUCGGCCAUGGCCCCGUCACCUCUCGGCCAAGUCUUCCAUGGCCCCGUCACCUCUCGGCCAAGCCUUCCAUGGCCCUGAACCUUCUAAAGGUUUGCCGACAUUGAAAGUUCACCAGGAAGCCUUGGAAUUUACUCUGAUUGAUUUAGUCAAUCGAGUUUAUGUCGGAUUACAAUCCCAAUGA